AAAUUAUGUUUGCGGCUGUAAAUCCCAUAGUUCAAAUUGAACGUUAAUUGACACUAUUUUUUUUUCCGAGUUGUCAUUGUCGACUUUUGGUAGCCAUUUUAAUUUCAUUGGGAAUACAAUUCACUUGUUUUGGGUUUUUAACGACGAAGUUGUGUCACUUUUUGUGUUUUAACGGCUGACUAGUGUAAAAAACGAAAGGAAUUUUAAUAAAAACUAAGUUGACACGGAAAAGUUGCAAAAAUAAUAUCUGCGCAAUAGUUUGAAACCUGUAACGUUAUUUUGUUAUGAUUCGUUAAACAUCCUUGGAAUCUCGUUAUUGAAAGUCAAUUGUUGGAAACAUGGAAUAUCCAAGACAGUCAGAUUCUGAAACUCUCGAAUAUUGGAAGAAACAGGCCAAGUACUACGAGCAAAAGGUUAUUGAUACACAACAAGAAUUAGAUGAGUACACAGAAAAUUCAGCAUCACUCGAAAAAGAGUUAGAAGCAUCAUUAGAACAAGUUGAGAGACAAAACAAAGAUCUGGAAAAUCAGAACCAGCGGCUGAAGAAUGAAAUAGAACUGUUAAGGAACAAAUUGGAAAGGAGUCAACAUGAAACAAAUGCUUUGGAAAAUGAACUGCAAGCUUUAAAAAUAGAUAAAGAUAAACAAGGAGUUUAUAUCAGAGAGUUAGAACAGAAAAAUGAUGAUCUGGAAAGAGGUCAGAGAGUAAUAUCAGAAUCUGUAUCAUACAUAGAAUCAAUGUUGAACCAAGCAUAUGAAAGGAAUGCUGUUCUGGAGAGUGAGGUAGAUGAAAUUGAGAACUUGAGGAUCAGGUUGCAGAGAGCGACAGAUGAAGCCAGAGAUCUGAAGCAAGAACUGAAAGUAAUGGAAAAAGUUCCAAAACCAAAGAAAGGUGAUGAAAGUACUGAAAGCUCAUUAGUCAAUGGACAUAUUUCCAAUCCAUCCCGAACUCAAGUUGAAAUUGAAACUCAGACUUCCCUUAUGUCACCACAAAAACGUGAAAUAAAUGGUAACGCAAUGACACCAUCAUCACGAGUAACAGCCAUCAACAUAGUCGGCGAUCUACUCCGUAAAGUGGGGUUUGAUCUACGAUAGAUGUAAGUAUGGAUUCAAAUAAAGUAUUCUUACAUUACUUAUUUAUUUAUUUACAAUAUUCUUUUGUAAAUAUUAUACAUAGCAGACACAUGAUCAUUAAUGAAUGCUGCCUGCGAGAAAUGCGACUUUUAGAUGAUUUCUAGUUUCUUCAUCAUUCGAAUGCACUUAAUUUUUAAUAACAUCGAAAAUGGUCUCAAGAUUGCAUUAAUUCAUGUUUGAAAAAUUAUUUAUUUUUGGGAAAUUUUGUUCACUAUAUAGAUAUAUUACUAACUGUAUUUGGUUAUAUUUUAUUCUGAUAAUGUCAUAGAUUACCAAGUUUACUAACCAGUAGCAGCACAAUAAUUAUAAUGAUUUAUAUAGGACUAUAGCUGGACUAUGUUAGUGUUUACCUGGCCCACAUCACAUGUCUAUAGUGAUAAAAGAAAAAUAAAAAUAGAGUUAUUACUGUAUUAGUAAUAUAUUUUUAUUGUCCUUUGAAAUCAUGUUGUGUAGUUCAGGUGCACCUAAAGGACCAGUAGGGUUUUUAAAUUUGAAAGCUAGCAAGCAUAAUUUCUAGAUUUUAGGUCUACUAGCCAUGUGUUGGUAAUACUUGUCCUAUCAACAGCAUACUAAGCUAAUUUUAUUUAAUACAGUAUAAUUAUAUCUUAUCUAUUAUUAUGUUAUACUCCAUUGUAUAUCUUAAAACAUAACAUAAAUAGCCGGAGGCAGCAAGUUAGGUGCAUUAUUAAACAAUUGGCCUGCCUUAUCUAAACAUACCAGACUUGUAUUGUUAUAAAACAAUUUUGGUUGUGGCCAGUAUAUACAUCACUGAUUUUAAAUAAACAUCUAGUAACUUAAACUUACUUUUAUGAAGUACCAUAGAAUACCAUAAAAUAGUAUUCAUAUUUGAAGGGAAUGCUUAAGCCUAUUUUUUUAAUCUUAACGAUGUUUCAUUUUUAACCUAAUAGUGUACCAAUAAAUUGCAAGCUAUAACGCUAUAAAAGCGAGAAAUAGUAGAUUUUACAGUUAAUAAAGGUUGAUCGUA